AUGAAUUAAAACAAAUAAUAACUAGUACACUUAUACCAACUAUGGCCAUCAAAUAAUAGAUUCUUUUGUCGAGGUCGUUUAAUGACAGGACCAAGUGCAGACAAUGCAUCUAAUUUAAUGACAUGGAUAUUAAUACUACUAAUUGGUGCUCCAUUUAUUUUCUACAUCUCACCAUAGAUUUGGAUAGUUUUACAUCCCUCUCUUCCAAUCAUCUCGUAUAUCAUGUAUUUCAGUUGUGUGCUAUUCCUAUUUUUAACUUAGUUCACUGAUCCAGUAACAUAUACACUAUAUAUAAACUUAGGGUAUUAUACCAAGAAAAGAAAUCAUUGAAAAAAUGAAAGAUGAGAAUCUUUUCCAUUUAAUACCAUCAGAAGCUGAUAAUAAUAAUUAUAAUAUUAGAAUCUGUAUCACUUGUAUGAUUAAAAAGCCUCCUCGUUCUAAUCAUUGUGCAGAAUGUGAUAAUUGUGUAGAUGUAUUUGAUCAUCAUUGUCCCUAUGUAAAUAAUUGUAUUGGCAAACGUAAUUAUGCAUACUUCAUAUCCUUUAUAUCAACCCUUACUAUGGCUGCAAUUUCAUUUGGAAUUGAAUUAUUAUGUUUCAUUAUCCUCAUUGCAACAAGUGAUCAAAAAGUUCAACAAAUUUUGAUCAUUAUUUUGAUGAUUCCCUUUGGAAUAUGCAUAAUAUUAGUCUUUGGUUUACUUAUAUUUCAUAUCUUUCUCAUUAUAACUGGAAAAACUACCAAAGAACAACUCAAAAACCUUGAUAAAAAUUCAACUGAUAGAAAAUGUGAAAGAACUAAGAGUCUCUUCAACUUUAGAUUGAUAGUAGAAAAAUUAUAAUAUGAUCAAAUUAAAUAUGAUUAACAUAUGGUUGAUGUCAAUCCUAUCAUUAUUCCAGCUUGA